AUGGCAGAGACAUUUUUUGGCUACAUCGAAACGACUCAGGAUGCAUUGCUCAUCUUUGAGGGAUGCAGAAGAGGUUUGAUACCAAGAGUUUCUAGGAGACUACAAGAAAAAGAAAGACGCAUGAUUAGAUCUGGCUCUGUCUUUGUGUUUGAUGAGAGUGAAUCAGGCAUCAAACGAUGGACAGAUGGCCUUGUAUGGAGCCCUUCUCGCAUCCUUGGAAAUUUCCUAAUCUACCGUGAGCUGGAUAAAAGAGUACCAGGCGACAAGAAGCUAUCAAUUAGCAGUGCCUCAUCCAAUGAUGCAAGACAGCGUAGUUAUAGUGCAGAUCAAAGUGUUAUGGGAGUCUCAUCUGGUAUGUCGACUGACCGUAAUCGUGAGCGCCGGCUGGUCGGCAGUCUCUCUGAUUCCUAUCGCUUUCGCAAGGAUGGUCUCAUCAAGAAGACCAUGUCUAUCAUUGUCCACGGCGUGGCUCAGCAUUUGAUCUCGUACUAUCUCCCAAAUGACAUUAUUGCAAACAAAUUGCGUACUCCAUCCUCAGUUCCUGAAUUGGCUAGUUUGGAGAUCUCUCCAGAUUUGCUUGUCAAACAAAACUUCAGAAUACCUCCCAUGGUGGAACCUGCUUUUGAUCAGACAGAUGCUAGUUUGGCUGGCGGCAUGAAUAACAGCAUUGGAAAUCCUUUAUCUCCAGUCGAUACCAUGGCUAAUCCGUAUACAAAUGAUAGACGUAUCCAUCCAUUCCGAAGCAUGUCAAUGGGAUCCCUUCGCACAGCAAACAAUUAUCAAACACACGGCAGUUUGUCAGCAGCAGGCAGACCUGAUAUGAGCAACAGCUCUCAACAAAUGAUGUAUUCUGCCUCAUCUCUUUCACAGCGCAUGGACAUGGACAGCAGUGACAACAAGUUGACAUCUGCCACACCUACCAACAAUAACAACUUGUCUGCUUACUAUGGCACACAACAACCCAUGUCUUCCAUGUACAGUAGUAGCAGCAACAACAACACUGGAUUCCCACCUUUACCAUCACCAUCUAGUAUGACUUCAUCCCCCAAUACACCCAUGUUGUCUCCAGUUAGACAAUCAUUCUCAUCGCAACAACAACAACAACAACAGCCAAGACAUUACUCCAUGUCCUCUAGCUCAUCUGGAUCGAUGCCUCGAUACAACGCCGGCCGUAACAGCUUUGACAUGAUGUCUUCCCAUUUGACGACUACAGCAGAUAUCAGUAGCCGACCAUCUAGCUCUGUUCAUCCACACAUGAUUCCUGAAGUCAAUAUCUAUGAUCAACGUUUAAAGGAUAGCAAUGGCAUGAAUUUAGGUGACACGGCAUCACAGCCAGGAUUCUCUUCUAGUCCUCAUAUUGGUCAACUACUCAAUCCUGUCCACCCUUUGCAUACCAAUGGCAAUGUCAAAUCAGAGUCUAUGGACAGCAAUACGCACUUCUUUCAAUCCAUGGGCAUCUCCAACGCACCACCAACGAAUUAUCCUGGCUAUUCAAACAGCAAUGCUCCCACAUCUGCAAAUUCCUCCAACAACAGCAGACCCCCAUCAUUCGAUGAAUCCAGACUACCCUCCAGCAGCAACAGUGACAUGCAACAAGAGCAAACACAACAGCCCAGCAGCUUUUAUGGCGGCAAUUACUACUACCAGAGACCACAACAGCAGCAACAACAACCAUUGACAAAUACCCAUACAUCUCUUUCCUCCUGUGAAGACGUUGUUCCAAUGUUUCGAAACGGAAUGACACUCCCACCAUCUUCCUCCAUGUACGACGAUACGCAAACUGGACCGGAACUCGGAAUGGAGCCACUCAUGCUCAAGUAA